UAUAUCAAUUACACGAGUCACAGCAGACAUCUCGCUUGCCAAACGCUCAGUAUUAAACAACCCCAGUAAGCAUGCGAUAAUAGAGCGAUCUAACACAAGAUCAAGCUUAGAUGUUUUGGCUGAAGUUCAAAGUGAAAUUGAACGGAUUUUUGAAUUAGCAAGGACACUGCAGUUGGUAGUGCUUGAUGCUGAUACCAUUAACCACCCAGCUCAACUAAGCAAAACCUCUCUGGCUCCCAUUAUAGUAUACGUAAAGAUUUCUUCUCCUAAGGUUUUACAGAGGUUAAUAAAAUCUAGAGGGAAAUCUCAGGCCAAACACCUUAAUGUUCAGAUGGUGGCAGCUGAUAAACUCGCACAGUGUCCGCCCGAAAUGUUCGAUGUAAUUCUUGAUGAGAACCAGCUUGAAGAUGCUUGUGAGCACCUUGCUGACUAUCUGGAAGCCUACUGGAAGGCCACACAUCCACCUAGCAGCAAUCCUCCUAAUCAGCUUCUCACUCGCACACUUGCAACAGCCACUCUUCCUAUUAGCCCAGGUCCAAAUAUUAAUUUACAGCAGGGAUCUCAAGGAGACCAGAGGAAUGACCAUUCAGUCCCUGAACGCGGCAGUUCACAAAUUGAAGAGGAAGCACGGGUUGAACCCAUCAAGAAAUCCCAGCAUCGCUCUUCCUCAAGCCAACACCACAACCAUCGCAGUGGUGUUAGAGGCCUUUCUAGGCAAGAAACUUUUGACUCAGAAACACAAGACAGCAGAGAUUCGGCUUACGUUGAGCCAAAGGAGGACUACUCACAUGAGCACGGUGACCACUACGAUUCUCACAGAGAUCACAAUCAUAGAGACGAGUCCCACGGGAGCAGUGAUCACAGACAUAGAGAAUCAAGGCAUCGCUCUAAGGAGAGGGACCGCGAGCAGGACCACAACGAAUGCAACAAACAGCGUAGUCGUCAUAAAUCAAGGGACCAAUAUUGUGACAAAGAUGGGGAAGUGAUAUCAAAAAAACGUAACGACGCAGGAGAAUGGAACAGGGAUGUUUACAUCCGUCAGUAACUUUUGCCUCCGGCAGUCUUGUGUUUCUUUGAAGUCUUGUAACAAUGCCCUUUGAAAAUAUCUUUGGGUUCUUCAUUGCAGAACAUAUGGUAUCCUUCUGUAUGCUGAUUUGUAUUGCUGUUGCUUGCAUAGCAAUAGCAUGAAAUAGAAUAUUCAUAUACUUAUUUUUUUGGUUAGUGCUAUAUGAAUUAGCAUAGUACAACUGCAGAGUUCCUGAUGUUGUACUAUGCCAUUUUUCAAGCUGUUUUUUGGUAACUGCCACUUGAACAAUAUCUGUUGCCAUCAAGGUGUUGUUAGUGUUUUUUAAAAAAAGUUACAUUUGAUGUUUAAUAACUUCCCAUGUAUUCAGCAAGCCAGAAUCAGCACAUAAAAAAUCUAAAACUUUUUGUCUGCUCUGAUUUUUAAUUUGUAUGCACUUGAUUUGCAUAUUGAUUUAAAAGCCGCUAUCUGUUGCUUGUACCUCUGGUGGACUCCAUUUAAAGACUGAAUUCAGUCUUGCCUUACACACAGGGGAUCCAUAAAGUCAAAAUCUAUUUUCUAUGUACUAGUACUGUGUACUGUAUAUACAGUUUAUAAAUGUUAUUUCUGCAGACACCUUCUUACUAUAUAAGUUUGAUCACACUGUUUGAGAGUCCUAAUGCCAAGUCAGCAGAUUUGCUUUUGAAUUACUGGCAACUGGAACUAGCCUCAUUUAGGAAAUCUGUAACAGUGUUCAACCUAAAUACUUUUUCUUCUGUAGCAGAAAGCUUAUACUUAUUGUAAAUACGAAUGAGUACUUGAGAUAAAGGGUCUAACUCUUAUACCUUAUGCUGUCCUUGCAAACCCGAUUUUGCAGUUUAAAUUUAUCAUAAAGAUAACGAACUUACCACUACAAAUUGUUCUUCUCUGUACAGGUCACAAAAUUGCAAUGGACACAGCUUAAUUUUUGUUCUGUUGUCAGAAUAAUAGAGCACAUAAGACAGAGGUGUGUAUGUGAGUGGGUGGGUGGUGGAUGGACGUACGUGUGCAUGUGCAUGUUAGGCAGCGAAGUGUGAGAAUCUACUGAAGAAAACAAAGGUUACUCAGAAGCCAAAAAAGUCUGUUUCUUCAUUCUGUCUAUUAAUUUAAAAAUCCAAAUUGUGGUCAGGGAAUAUGAGGGAGUUUACUGACCCAGGUAAUUGAGAAAGCAUAAAUCUGCUGGCUCUUUGUUGAGACUUCAGGAGAGUAAAAACAGGCAAAUGUUACUGUGAGUGUUUCACUGGAAAUGUAAAAUCUUUGUGUUUUAGAGUAUUUGUUUUAGUAAGAAAAGUUUACACAGCUUGUGGAGAGUUAUGUUGUUGGAAAAUAAAUUUUUGUAGCUUCUCCACUUUUUUUACACUUGCCAGUUCCUCUGCAUUCCCACUUUGCAGCCAGCUCACUGCUUUUCCUUCACCUAAACUGUUGUGGCUGCUGGUGAGGGCUUAGAAAAAUGACUGUGACAAAAUACUCUGUUCCGAGCUUGCUGGAAAAAAAUGCAUUGAAAUCAAAGGGAGUGAUCACAGUUUGUUUUGCAUUGAACACCUGUUGCACUGGUAAGUGGGGGGAGAGUCACUGUUAUUUUUUACUACAGGUUCCAUACCCUUGCCUAGUGUAAAAGCUGUUCUGCAUCACAUGUAGUCUUUGUAGUAAUUGUAUGAACGAAAUACUUUUUGUAUUUCACUGUAAAUAGCACAUUAUAUAAAGAUUGUAGUGGGAGAAUAAUUAAUUUAGCUGGAAUUUAUUUUUAUUUAUUAUUUUAAUUCUGGGAAUAUCAGCAUUGCCAGAUUUUUAAUAUCAUUUUAGUGAAAUGGAUAACAUGAUAUGUGGCAGGUGCACGUUUUCUCCAAGCUCCUAUUCCAGCAUCCAAGCAAUUCAGUUUAACUCCCUUAAACAUACUUUGUCCUCCCUCUCCCACCCCUGUCCCUGAUGCUUUAUGUGCAUUUUUUACAACAAUGUAAGAGGGUGAAAUUCU